CGAUAGUUAUGUCAAGUGCUACGGAGAAUGUGCAACAUUCAGUAGCAGGUGCCUUCUUUGGCUUUACCAUUGGUGCAGUAUUGUUUGGAAUCACCAUUUUACAAACCUAUCUAUAUUUUACGACCUAUCCCAAUGAUUCUAAAUGGCAGAAAGCAACGAUUUCUACAGUCUGCCUUUUGGACGCUUUGCAUCUUGCCUUCAGCAUCGAUAUGAUGUAUGCGUUCGUCGUUGAACGUUUUGGCGAUGUUAGGUCUGGUUCCCAGGCACUUUGGAGCCUCAAGGCUCUAGGCACAACCCAGGUGUUUUUUAUUGUCUUCGUUCAAUGCUUGUAUCUCUAUCAAAUUUGGAAAUUAUCUCAAAAUCUUCUCUUGAAACGAAGAACCACACGGGCCCUCCAAGUGUUUGUAGUUGUCGUCGCUCUAUCUGCCUUUGCUGUCGGAGUUGUCUUCCUUGUGGAGUUACAACGAAUCACGGUGAUUCUUGGUUUCGACGAAAAUUUCCAGUACGCGAUCUAUCUAGGAUUCGGGGCGACCGCCUUGAUCGACAUAGCCAUUGCAUGUGCUAUGUGUUUCUUGUUGUACAAAAGUAAUAUCGGAACACGGGCUGAUGAUGUGCUUGCAUCUCUGAUCGAUUAUUUCAUUGGGUCUGGCUUGACAACUAGUUUCUUUGCAAUUAUGUGCAUUGUCUUGUAUGUGGCGAAACCAGAUUCUUUACUAUACCUAGGAAUAGAAUUUUCAACGCCAAGGAUUUACGCGAACUCCGUGCUGGCCAUGUACAACUCGCGGGGUCGGCUGCGCGAACGGUUGAAUGCUACGAUUGACCUUGGGCUCGGGUCUUCGCGCCUGUGUUUUCAAGAGCCCCAGCAUAUCAAUCUGGCUCUAGUGCCGACCGCGUCGAUCUCGGAAGACACGGAGUCGAUGUACCCUUCUCCUGAUAAAACGUAUGGCGAACAUUCUUGUGAAUGCGCAAGCCUAAGAGUCGGUAUCCGCCCCAUAGAGGUGAAGAUCCGUAAAUUUCCCGUCAGAGAAAUGACGUGCAAGGUGUGUUCACCAGAGGUGGGACUCAUCAAUGACAACUUGCAUAAAAUUUUGGGGGUCUUCUGUGCGGCGUUAGCCGUGUCGACAUCCAUCCGCUCUACCUACCAAAAGUUCUCUUAG